UCUAAAAUGAAUAAAGACGAGGCAGAAAGAUGCAUUGAAAUAGCCAAAAAGGCUAUAAACAAUAGUGACUACCACAAGGCCAUCAGAUUCCUUCAAAAAAGCAAGAAACUGCACCCUACUCCUGCAGCAGAUGGGCUAAUCCAGCUAUGCGAAAUGAACCUCCAGCACAAGCCUGCUAGUGCUCCAUCUGGAUCUAAAUCCUCGGAUGGGCCAUACCAAAGGAAAACCCAACAAAAGGUCGAAACUCCCAAGAAGAACUAUACUUCCGAAGAAGUCAAGCUAUGUAAAGACAUUAUCAGGAAAACCAAUUAUUACGAUAUCCUCGGGGUUGAAAAGAAAGCUACAGAAGCAGAAAUAAAGAAAUAAAUAUAGAAAAUUAGCCCUUAAAUUCCAUCCUGACAAAAAUAACGCCCCGAAAGCUACGGAUGCGUUCAAGAAGGUAUCGACAGCCUACAUGUGCUUAAGCGAUGCUAAGAAGCGGGAUAUCUACGACCAGCAUGGCACUGAGGAUAAUUUCAGACAGAACUACAGGCAGUACUUUAGAGAAGAAGAGCAAUAUGAUAUUUUUGAUUUCUUCGAUAUCCUAAACGGAGGACCUAUGUACAACCAAAGGGUUAGAAGACGUCAACAGCCAAGAAGACACAAUGCUCAAGGACAAGAGAACCAAAAUGGCUUCGGACAACUUCUCCCAAUUUUGUUUGUCAUCUUAUUCAUGGUUGUUGCAAAUAUUAGUGGGAAUAUUUCUGCAGGACCUAGUUACUCUUUAACAAAGACCAAUGAAUAUAAAAUUGGUGUGAUUUCACAAACUCAUAAUGUGGAGUACUUCGUAGACUCAUCCACAUACGAAACCAUUAAUGAAAAUCGAAGACAAAGAGAUUCACUCGAAAGUACAUUAGAAGAAGACUACUUCAGGUUAAAAUCAAGAGAAUGAAGUCGCAAAACAGAGAACAGAGCUUACUACAUACGUCAAGCAAAGUACUACACUGAAAACAGUAGUAGGUACUCUACAAACAUGAAGAAGGCUGACUCUAUCGACCUAUCUGCCUGUGGCAUUGUCCAACAGAUGAAAGAAACCUCUCAAAGAAACAGGAGAUACAACAGAAGAGCUUAUUGGUAAAUUUUAAAUUUUAAACAUA